CGGGGCCUCUCCCCCCCACACCGCGCAGCCGGCGGCGGGCGAGGCGGCUCGGGCGGGCGCGCCUGCGCAGCUGCGGCCGUUGGCGGCGGCGCUGAGGCGGCCCGGGCGCCCGUGGCUGCUCCGCUUUCCUGCCGGCCCGCCCGCUCGGCUCUGCCGGUCAGCGCCGUCCCCGGGCAGGGGAGCAGAAGAGGUGAAGGGGCUCGCCGCUCCUGAAAUGUCGCAGACUGCCAUGUCUGAGACCUACGAUUUCCUGUUUAAGUUCUUGGUCAUAGGAAAUGCUGGAACUGGAAAAUCCUGCUUACUUCACCAAUUUAUUGAAAAGAAAUUCAAAGAUGACUCAAAUCAUACUAUAGGAGUGGAAUUUGGUUCAAAGAUCAUAAAUGUUGGUGGUAAAUAUGUAAAAUUGCAGAUAUGGGAUACAGCAGGACAAGAAAGAUUCAGGUCUGUAACAAGGAGUUACUACAGAGGAGCUGCAGGUGCUUUGCUUGUCUAUGAUAUAACCAGCCGGGAAACCUACAAUGCACUUACUAAUUGGUUGACGGAUGCAAGAAUGUUAGCAAGUCAAAAUAUUGUGAUAAUACUGUGUGGAAACAAAAAGGAUCUUGAUGCAGAACGUGAAGUUACUUUUUUAGAAGCAUCUCGGUUUGCACAAGAAAAUGAGCUGAUGUUCUUGGAAACAAGUGCACUAACAGGGGAAAAUGUUGAAGAGGCCUUUGUACAGUGUGCAAGAAAAAUACUGAAUAAAAUUGAAUCAGGAGAACUGGAUCCAGAAAGAAUGGGCUCAGGUAUUCAGUAUGGAGAUGCUGCCUUGAGACAGCUGAGAUCACCACGUAGAGCACAAGCACAAAGUGCUCAAGAAUGUGGGUGUUAAAGAAACAAAACACAAAAUCCCAAACACUUACUUUAGAUACAGAAGCUGUCCUUACAAAUGGUAUUUGAAGAAACAGAAAAGCUUGGAGGCUAUGCAGUUUUUAAAAACAUCUUUCCACUAUCUACAAAGAGAGCAGUCCACUGCUGACAGAAGAGUGUACCAUGUGCUGUGGGGCAGGAAUGUUCACAUGACACAGAAGUCUGCAAAGUGAACUUGAUAAUUUGGUGGACAAUAUUGAAACUCAUGCCUGUAUAUAAACAUUUUCUGUUACCUAUUUCUGUUCUUUCACCUCCAGUUUAGAGCAUUGCUAUAUACUGUAAAUAAUGUAACAGUAAAUUUACCAAGCAUGGUAUACUCAUGUAUGCUGAUAGAAUGUUGCACUACAAGCAGUUUCAUAUUUUAUUUUUUUAUCAUAUAAACAAAUUUAACUGAGGUAGGCUUUGUCAUGUUUGUUGCACAGCAGUUUAUAUUUAUGACCUGAAUUGUAAAACCACUGGCACUGUCAGUGAGGGCUUGUUGUUUUAUUUUUUUCUACUUAGUUUGCCACAUUCUAACACGCUGUUGACAUGACUGAUUCUCAUCAUAUCAUUAGGACCCAUACUUAUGUCUACUAAUAUGUGAAGUUGGAAAAGUAAUUUUUAUUUAUGUUCACAUGUCCUAUUUUAUCAUGGUUCUUAACCAAGUUCUGAAGGUCUUUUGUCAAACUUCAAAAGUUUAGAAAAAAUACUUUUAAGCUUCUCAAAUGGCUGUUGACUGACUAAGAUUUUUUUUUUCUUGGUCCUGAUGUUGUGUAUAGCACUGGCAUCAUGAAGGUGGAAUGUACAUUUGAACAGAACUGUGCAUAUUCUGUGUGUGCUGUAAUGCUAGGGCAGGGGUAUGGCCUUAUGGAGAAUUAUGUCGGUAGGAUUUCUCCCAGCCUCUUAUCACAAGCAGAGCAAUUGGCUGUGGAAAUAUGAUCUCUGAAGCAUACCUGAGGAGGUAUGAACUGAACCCAAAUGGGUGGUUCUGAAGUAUCCUGAAUGUAUUAACCUUAAAAUACUGGUUUCUUUUUCUUAAAAACUCAAAGUACAAUUAAGAACUUGAAUUUUAAAAUUAGACUUCAGAAUGAGGAACUUAGAGUCUGUCUUGCUGGAGCCAUACCUGUGAGCUUCAUGUGCGUGCACUAUAUGGAAUGCUGUCCACGUUGCUCCCAGGAAAUGUGGUGGAAGGAGAGAAACAAGUGUACUACUUAUUCCUGUGAAGCUCAAGGGGGAUUUCAGCCUUGGUACUGUUUGGUUUGGUUGUGGUUGGCUUGUUGUUUUGGUUUUUUCCUGUGUUAAAACACACCGUUCAGACAUUCCUGUCCGCUUUCUGUUGUGGGGAAGAUACGUGGGGCAGUAGAUUAGGAAUCCUGUCCUCAUUCCUCAGCUGGAGAUGGAAGAGACUUGCAGAGGGUUCAAGAGAGAGGACUGAACCACAAGUAUUGCACGUCAUUUUUACAGUGCCAUGAUAACUGAUGAGGUAAGAGACCCAUGGCUCUUGUUUUGCCAGAUAAGGAGCUGCAGAACUACACUAGCUGAAUUCAACCAGUUCAGGGGGGCAAUUUCACUUGCAUGGAUGGAAAUCACCAGUGACAUCUCCUUGGAAGUGCAAACAAACAAAAUAAUUGAUUUGAUCAGAAUGCAGUAUUGAAACUCCAAGGUCAAACGUGCUUUGUUAUUUUCUAUAUAUGAAUCUUUUCUGUUUAAGGGUUACUUGUCAAAUGCAUGUUUAAAAACUAAAGCAGAAAACUGAACUAGUCCUGUAAUUUAGAGGGUAGUUAAAGCACAAGAGCAAAGCAAGAACAUUACACAGAGAUAUAGCAUCAUUCAUGGAAUUAGAAUUGUAUUUGAAACUGGUCCCUUUGUCCUUAAAAAGUCUAGGUUUAGUUUUAAAAAAGGUGUUGGUCCAAAGAGUUUUUGUUUUAUCUCUCUCCCAUAUAUUUUGUUAUAUUUAGGAUUGGAUUUGUUACAUAAAUUAUAAGAAUUAUUCCCAAGGAGUACUCUCUUCCUUCUAAGUGUGUAAAGUAUACUUAACUGUGCAUUUAUAAGAACAAAGAACUCUAAAGAACUUGUCUUAAUCCUUACCCAAUCUAUUUUGGCUUCCAAUACUCAAAACUGAAAGUAAUUUCCAAAAGCAAGUCCUCUGAAGUAGAUGUUGGCUGCAGUGGUCUCCUCCACCAGUCCAAAUGGUAUAUUAUUAUAAUAACUGGGAUGUGUGGUUUUUCUGGUUCCAAAACCCCAAGCCAGGUCUGGAGUGCUGGGAAAAGCCUGAGGUAUUGGGGAGUCUGUUCCCCCCUCACCACAAUCGAAUCAGUUUCCUUGGUACACUGACAGAAGUGAAGGCUGAGCACACACUCAGCAGCUGGGACAUAGCACAAGUAAAACUGAAGGUCUCUCUCCUGCCACUGUUACAACAGUUAAAGUGGUGUUGACUGUUGAUCGAAAUUUUCCAUUAUUACAGUAGCAGCUGAAAGGCAUGGGGGACUGUUACUUAAUUCUGUUGCUUUAAAACAGAAAUUUUAGGGGUUUGGCAGGGGUUUUCUUAUCCUUUCUCUCCUUUUCCCUUUACAUGUAAGACUGGCCUCUUUUGCUUACUUGGUUCUUGUGAUCAUUUUGGUCAAGUGUCUGUGGUUAAAAAGCAGUAAGUUUUAGUCUUUGUUUAACCAACUGUCUUAAGCGGUCCCCUUCCUAUGUGGAAGGAAAGAAUAGUGUCAGUAUAAGGGGUUUUGAUAAGUUUAUACCUUUUUUUUUUAAUAUAUACUCUUACUGUAUACACAUUAGCCAGGUUAAUGUGUGUGUUUUAUAGUAUUGCAACCUUUUAUGCUGCAUAUUUCACUGACAUUUUAAAAAGAAACUUUCUAAAAUGGCAACUCCUGAGGGAUGUUCUGUUGGAAGCAAUAGCUCUCACCAUUGCAAGCUGUAUUGUUUACUGUUUUUCCUCUGAGUGUUUUUUAUUUCUGAAAAUAAAAAUGUCAUAACAGCCCUGGAGUAAAUUUUAAGCUCUGGCAUUAUAGUUCAAACAGCAAAGCAGUAAGUGAUAAAUAGGUUAAAUUAUCUAUGUUUUUAGUAUAAAAGUCUUUCUUUACCAAAGCAAGAUGGCCUAGAAAUUUAUGUGAAAUAAUACUGGGUACCUAUAUCCUAGGAUUUAUUGGAUGUGGAGCUUUAGCUGUUCAGACCUCUAAAAGAUUUAAAUGUCUUAUUAAAGCCUAUGUCUUGCCUUUUAAUGAGUCUGUUGGCCUACACUAUUUCAUUUAAUGCUUGUAUCUAGCACCAAAUAAAGAACCUUUCUUGAUUUUC